UGACACCAAAAACUUAACACUAGUGUCAGAUCUCUUUACACACUUUCUCUCUCUAAAAAUACCAAGUCUCUCUAGAAGCUUACAGUUUUUUUAGUUGAAAAAAAAAAAAAAAAAAAAAAGACGCAGAGAGCAGCAGGCAGAAAUGUUGGAGCCAAAAGACCCGGCUAUUAAGCUGUUUGGGAAGACUAUUCAAGUGACAGAGAUCUCUUCUACUACCACUACAGAUAAUGAUGAUAGUCAAGAUCAAGACCGUCCAUCUUGUGCAAGCUCUUCUCUUUAUGACACCGAUACUGAUAAUAAUAAGAGAGAUCAUGGAGAAGAAGAUAUAGAAGCUGAUGAUAAGGACUCGGUGGAAAAAAGCUUUACUGAGAAAGAGGAAGAUGGAGUUUCUCCCGUGGCUACUGAACAGCCUUCAAAUCCAGAUGCAACCUCAGGGACAAGUGAAAACCCUACAACACCUUCCAUUGAGAAAGAGAGUGAAGGAUUGAAAACUUCAAGGACAGAAGAAGAACAUAGUGAUACAAGUAAUUCGCAAGAAAAGACCCUGAAAAAACCUGAUAAGAUCCUUCCAUGCCCCCGCUGUAAUAGCAUGGACACCAAGUUCUGUUACUACAACAAUUACAACGUGAACCAACCCCGACACUUCUGCAAGAAUUGUCAGAGAUAUUGGACAGCUGGGGGAACCAUGAGGAAUGUGCCUGUGGGUGCUGGUCGUCGCAAAAACAAGAACUCAGCUUCUCAUUAUCGUCACAUAACCAUUCCUGAAGCUCUUCAGAAUGUUCGAGCUGAUGUUCCAAAUGGAGUCUACCAUCCUUCACUGAAAACUAACGGAACAGUGCUAACCUUUGGCUCUGACACACCUCUUCAUGAAUCAAUGGCUUCUGUAUUGAACCUUGCAGAUAAAACAACGCUGAAUUGCACAAGAAACGGGUCUCAUAAACCUGAUGCAGUGAGGAUUCCAGUUUCUUAUGCAAGUGGAGAAAACGGUGAUGACCAUUCUAAUGGAUCUUCAGUCACAGUGUCAAAUUCAAUUGAUGAGGCAGGCAAAAGCAUGUCGAAAGAAUCAGCUAUGCAGAAUUGUCAGGGCUUUCCCCCUGAGAUACCAUGUUUUCCUGGAGUUCCCUGGCCUUACCCUUGGAAUUCAGCUCAAUGGAGCUCCCCAUUACCCCCACCUGCCUUUUGCCCUCCCGGUUUUCCCAUGCCAUUCUAUCCUGCAGCAGCAUACUGGGGUUGCACUGUACCAGGUGCUUGGAAUAUCCCUUGGCUUCCUCAGCCAUCUUCUCCAAAACAAACCUCCUCGAGCUCUGGCCCAAACUCUCCAACCCUAGGGAAACAUUCAAGGGAUGAAAACAUGCUCAAAUCUAGCAACUCUGAAGAAGGGGAGUCGGCAAAAGAAAAUAACAGUGAAAGAUGCCUUUGGAUUCCAAAAACGCUCAGGAUUGUUGACCCAGGUGAAGCUGCAAAAAGCUCUAUAUGGACGACUCUGGGGAUUAAGAAUGAUAAGCCUGACUUGAUUGGUGGGCGAGGACUGUUUAAGGCGUUUGAAUCAAAGGUUGAAAAGAAUCAUGAAGCCGAAACCUCUCCAGUCUUACAAGCUAAUCCUGCAGCAUUGUCUAGAUCACUCAAAUUUCAGGAGAGCUCGUAUUUUGGGUAGCUUUUAACUUAGUAUUUGUUCCAAGUUGUGGAAACAGAUUCUGGUGUUUCAACUUUACAGCUUUAUAAACCGAAGGUUCACAGUUCAGUCACUGGCCUCGUUUGUCAAUAGUAUCUUGCAGUGAAUCUAUACGAGGAAAGAGCAUAGGAGAAGAGAACUAUCCUAGUUAGCAGAAGUAGCCACUGAAGUAUUUAUCUUUUUGUUGGAUGCAGUCCAAGACGAUGCUUUUUGUGUCCAGUUAGAUGGUUUGCCAAGUUAAUGUACAUAUUUAUAUAUGAAAUAGUGAGAGACUGAGAGCUUAGCACAGAAUUGAGUUUGUGCACCAUAAAUCCCAUUUGUACUAAAAUAAAUUUGGGAAUGGAAAUCCAACUUGUUCA